ACUCUAGCCCACUGUUACGUAACCACCACCCCGUACCUCCAGCCUACUAUUACGUAACCACCACCCCGCCCACUAUUACGUAACCACCACCCCGUACAUCACCCUCAUUAAAAAGGCCAUUUAUCAAACUGCCACAUGCUGAUUUUGUUAUCUUUUAAUCUCCACUAAGCCAUAAACAUGGUAUUUAUUAACAUAAACCCACCAAUGCAUGUUGACCUAGUAGCUAUUAACAGCAGGUAUACCACCACUAAUCCAUAAACAUGGUAUUUAUUAACAAAAAACCCAUCGAGGCAUUUUGAUCUAGUAGCUAUUAACAGUAGGUUUACCACGUAAGCGUCAUUCUCCAAACACAUAUGGUGAUUAUGUACUUACAUCCAGGGUCAUGAUUCCCAGUCUCCCACAGUUUAACAGUGGACGCGGGUAAUGUAAUUGCCUGCGACCUUUCCCUCCCUCACAUCUUGUCAGUAGGACUAAGUUUAACUCAGUGAAAAAUUAUAGGGUCGUAUUCUAUGCAACCACACAGCGUAAAAGGUAAAUUGCAUAAAACCACAUCUAAACAACCUAUUUAAAUCAAUACCGGUCUAUGUCCAAAUACUGCCCAGCCUGCUAUCACACAAUGCAAUCUACAGCAAUCUGCUUCCUCAACCGCACUGCCAUGUACCCAGUCGCGCACAGAAUCCUAUGCUAUCUGGCUGUAGAGGUUUAUAGCAACUUGGAGCUUUUUAGACACCUCUACUUCCAUCUGAACCAAUUCAACAUCGGAAUAUUGAAGCUGCAUGUGGAUUUUGAAUUACUAGAACGCAUCUACAUCAGGAAUGAAGAAAAGAAGGAACGCCGAAGAACCACCACGGGAGAUUUUUUGCUCAGCCUUCAGCUACCGGUACAAAAUAUGGUGUGUAAUCACACACCCCUCAAAUUAAGCCGUCACAACACCACACAGCUUCCCACCAUAUACGAAGAUGAGGGGCACACACUGCCGGGGAGAGCCGGCAACAUGCAUUCGGGGAUGUUCCAUCAACAGAAAAGGAAUGCGUAUUUCCGGCCCUGCUAAAUGUUUAUAUUUAUGCAUUAAAUAAUGUAGCUU